AUGGCUUCCAACGGCACUUCUAAUGGUACCUCUGCCUACCAUGCUGCCUCCACUCAAGAGGCCAUCCAGGCUGAACAUGAAUUCGCCGCCCACAACUACCACCCGCUGCCGGUGGUCUUCGCUCGUGCCCAGGGAACUUCCGUUUGGGAUCCCGAAGGUCGGCACUAUCUUGAUUUCCUCUCGGCCUACUCCGCCGUCAAUCAAGGUCACUGCCACCCUAAGCUGGUCGCCGCUCUCGUCGACCAGGCCUCUCGUGUCACCCUCAGUUCCCGUGCCUUCUACAAUGAUGUAUUUCCCCAUUUUGCACAGUUUGUCACCAAGUACUUUGGCUUUGACAUGGUCCUCCCCAUGAACACGGGUGCCGAGGCCGUCGAAACCGGCAUCAAGAUUGCUCGGAAGUGGGGUUACAAGGUCAAAGGUAUCCCCGAAAACCAGGCCAUUGUUCUCAGUGCUGAGAACAACUUCCACGGACGUACCUUCGCUGCCAUUUCUCUUUCUUCCGACCCCGAGUCGCGGGAGAACUACGGUCCCUACCUCCCCGGAAUUGGAUGCAACAUCCCCGGAACGGACCGUCCCAUCACCUACAAUGACAAGGCCGCUUUGCGCGAGGCUUUCGAGAAGGCCGGCCCCAACCUCGCCGCCUUCCUGGUCGAACCCAUUCAGGGAGAGGCCGGCAUUGUCGUCCCGGAUGAGGACUACCUGCAAGAAGCCCGUGCUCUUUGCGACAAGCACAAUGCCCUUCUGAUCUGUGAUGAGAUCCAAACCGGUAUUGCUCGCACUGGAAAGCUUCUCUGCCACGAGUGGAGCGGCAUUAAGCCCGACAUGGUCCUGCUGGGCAAGGCUAUCUCUGGCGGCAUGUAUCCCGUGUCCUGUGUGCUGGGCCGCAAGGACGUCAUGCUCACCAUUGAACCUGGUACCCACGGCUCGACCUACGGUGGUAACCCCCUGGGUUGCGCUGUCGCGAUCCGAGCCCUCGAGGUUGUUCAAGAGGAACAGAUGGUUGAGCGCGCCGAGAAACUGGGCCAUGUCUUCCGCAGUGGACUGGAGGCCAUCCAAAGCCCCAUGAUCCAAUCCGUGCGUGGAAAGGGUCUGCUGAAUGCGAUCGUGAUUGACGAGUCCAAGACCAACGGUCACUCGGCUUGGGAUCUCUGUAUGCUGUUGAAGGAGAAGGGUCUCCUGGCCAAACCGACUCAUCAGAACAUCAUUCGCCUGGCUCCUCCCCUUGUCAUCACAGAGGACGAGAUCAAGAAGGCGCUUGACAUCAUCUCCCAGGCCGUGACCGAACUUCCGAGCCUCAAGGGCCAGGCGGAAGACAAAGUGAUCCCUCCGCCGGAAAAGAAGGUCAAGAUUGGCGUUGAGAAUUAG